AUGGCUCAAGACGCUAUGUCUCAUCUAGCUCGCACCAAGAUAUGUGUGUACUGUGGAGCAGGCACCGGUGCCAGUCCCGCUCAUAUGGAAGCUGCCCGGGCGCUCGCCCGUGCGAUGGCCGCAAAUAAUAUCGACCUUGUUUACGGCGGUGGGACUGUUGGCCUCAUGGGAGAGAUCGCCAAGACUCUGGUCUCGAUCAACGGGCCUCAAUCUGUUCAUGGCAUUAUUCCCGAGGCCCUCGUCAAGCACGAACGAGCCGGUUCGCGCCAGGCCCAGAACAUGCCCGAUGAAGCAGUUUUUGGUCGAACCACCCUUGUCAAAGAUAUGCACACGCGAAAGAAGCUGAUGGCAGAGGAAGUCUUUGCAGGUGGUCCCGGUAGCGGUUUCAUCGGUCUUAGCGGUGGAUUUGGAACCAUGGAAGAGAUCUUCGAGACAACGACGUGGAUUCAGCUUGGGAUUCACAGCAGGGGCAUCGUGCUUCUCAAUGUUGAUGGCUAUUGGAACGGCAUUGUUAGCUGGUUGGAUAAGGCUGCCGAAGAAGGGUUCGUAAAGCCCGGGAACAAAGGUCUUCUCGCCGUGGCUGAGACCGCUGUCGGGGCUAUCAAUGCGUUGCGCGAGUACAAGGUGUCAAGCUCGAUCUAUCAGCUCCAUUGGGGAACUCAAUAG